CGGCCGCCGCCAUGAUGCUUGUUUGCUUUCAAUGAAAACGAGGGGGGCGCGGAAGAGGAGGCGUCGGCGUCGGUGGCGGCGGCGUCGACGGCGCGGAGGCGAAGGCGGCGGCCGGCGCGGCGAGGAGGGCGAGGCCGGGGUCCGAGAGGGCGGCAGAGCGUAGCGGCGGCUCGUGGGGUCCGGGGCGGCCGAGGCGGGCGGCUGAGGAGCGGCGGCGGAGGAGGGGGAACAAAGAGCGGCGGCGGAGGCGGCUGAGGAGUGGCGGCGGCGGCGCUGCAGCAGCGGGCGGGACUGGUAUGGUGGUUCCACAGGGCAGACCCCGCUGCACUCAUCGGGAGGAGGCGGCGGCAGCGGCGGAGGAAGGCGGCGCAGCUCGAGAGGCAUGCCCAAAGAAAAGUACGAGCCCCCUGACCCUCGGAGGAUGUACACAAUUAUGUCCUCUGAGGAAGCAGCAAAUGGAAAGAAAUCACAUUGGGCAGAGCUUGAAAUAAGUGGAAAAGUAAGAAGCUUAAGCUCAUCUUUGUGGUCACUUACUCACUUGACAGCUUUGCAUCUGAGUGACAAUUCCCUGUCCUGUAUUCCUUCAGACAUUGCCAAGCUUCACAAUCUGGUAUAUCUGGACCUGUCCCAUAAUCAAAUCCAGAGUUUACCGGCAGAACUCGGAAACAUGGUAUCACUCAGGGAGCUCCAUUUAAAUUACAACCAGUUACGAGUUCUACCUUUUGAGCUGGGAAAACUGUUUCAGUUGCAGACUUUAAGCCUGAAAGGAAAUCCGCUUACCCAGGAUAUAUUGAACCUCUGUCUGGAGCCAGAUGGAACAAGAAGGCUACUGAACUACUUGCUCGAUAAUUUGUCAGUUUCAACAGAACAACCACCUCCAAGAUCUUGGAUCAUGUUACAAGAACCAGACAGAACAAGGCCAACAGCCUUGUUUUCUGUCAUGUGCUAUAAUGUUCUUUGUGAUAAAUAUGCGACCCGGCAGUUAUACGGCUACUGUCCAUCAUGGGCACUAAAUUGGGACUACAGGAAAAAGGCCAUUAUUCAAGAAAUUUUGAGCUGCAAUGCUGAUAUUAUAAGUCUUCAGGAAGUUGAAACAGAGCAGUAUUACAGUUUUUUUCUGGUAGAACUGAAAGAACGUGGCUAUAAUGGAUUCUUUAGUCCAAAGUCUCGAGCUCGGACUAUGUCUGAACAAGAACGGAAGCAUGUUGAUGGCUGUGCAAUAUUCUUCAAGACGGAAAAAUUCACUUUGGUUCAGAAACACACAGUUGAAUUUAAUCAGCUAGCAAUGGCGAAUUCAGAAGGGUCUGAAGCCAUGUUGAACAGAGUCAUGACAAAGGAUAACAUUGGAGUUGCAGUACUGCUAGAACUUCGAAAGGAAUUGAUUGAAAUGUCAUCUGGAAAACCACAUCUGGGAACAGAAAAACAACUUAUUCUCGUGGCUAAUGCUCAUAUGCAUUGGGACCCUGAGUACUCAGACGUGAAGUUGGUACAAACUAUGAUGUUCCUCUCAGAAGUGAAGAAUAUUAUUGAUAAAGCCUCUCGGAGCCUCAAGUCCAGCGUAUUGGGAGAAUGUGGAACUAUUCCUCUUGUGUUAUGUGCAGAUCUGAAUUCUUUGCCAGACUCUGGUGUUGUUGAGUAUCUGAGCACCGGUGGGGUGGAAACAAAUCAUAAAGACUUCAAGGAACUGAGGUACAAUGAAAGUCUCACAAACUUCAGCUGCAAUGGGAAGAAUGGGAUGACCAAUGGAAGGAUCACUCAUGGUUUCAAGUUAAAGAGUGCCUAUGAGAAUGGCCUGAUGCCUUACACCAAUUAUACAUUUGAUUUCAAGGGUAUAAUUGACUACAUCUUCUAUUCUAAACCUCAGCUGAAUACUUUAGCCAUCCUGGGACCUCUGGAUCACCAUUGGCUAGUCGAGAAUAACAUCAGCGGCUGCCCACAUCCACUUAUUCCCUCUGACCACUUCUCACUUUUUGCACAAUUGGAGCUCUUACUGCCUUUCCUGCCCCAAGUUAAUGGCAUUCACCUUCCUGGCAGGAGGUAGUCAUGUACUUUCAGAGGACCUCAGAUUUACUUGUAAACUCGUGAAAAUCUGAAUAUAGGGGAGUGAGGUAUGGCCACUAGGGAUUUUUCUCAAUGAUCAUUUGAAUUUUCAGUCUGGUUAUUUGAUAAAGGGUAUAGUAUGAAAGCCAGGUGCUAGCAACAGACAAAUUCUGAGCCCAGUGUACUUUAUAUACUGCUAGACAGGGACUGGUGUGUUUACACCUUUUAAUUUGUUACAAGUAAUUUUCCUGUUUCUUCUCUCCAAUGUGUUUUGUCAUGCCUUGAAAUAGGAAGAUGUGUGAGCAGUGUGCUGUUUGCACAGAAAUCCACAGCACUGUUUUCUGAGGCCAGUAGUAACAUCAGAGACCGUUCUUCCAGACUUUACUCCCUCUUUUUUCAGACUUGUUUGUAAAAUGUAGAAUUUGAAUUUAGCCUUUAUGAUUGUAUAUGAUCCACAGAAGACCUGAUUUAUGAAGUUUUGUACUAAAAAAAAAAAAAAGCAAAAUUGAAAACAGUUGUAUUGUAAACUAAGGCUAAUUUUUUUUAACCUGUGUCCUAUGUGUUCUGAAGGCCAGCUGGUAACAAAGUUGCAUCAGACUUUCUCUGCAGUGAUUUGCACUGUUGGGGUUUUGUUAGCCCUUUUGUACUACUUUAUUUUUAAAUUGAGAACAUUACUCUUUAAAUGUAAGUUUGCUUAGACCUUGGGAUAUUUUCUUGGACCAGAGGCAACUUAUGUAUGAAUUCCUGAAUUUCUAUGGAAACUUUCUACCAGGACAGAUAAGCUGAUCUGUAGGCAUUUAAUGGACUGAAGAUGACAGUUGACAUAUGUACAUUCUGGUAUUUUUAAGUCUUUAAGUUUUAUGUUAAAAAAAAUUACAGCUGCUUAGGUACAGCUUCUAAGUCCUUUCUGAGACAUUUUCUGUUCUGUCUCCACUGUGCCUGCCUAAAUUUGUUCUCACCGAGCACUGCCUGUGCAUGCAGAGAAAAUCUGUGCAUCUUUUAUAUUUUUAAAAAACUAACAUUUGUGAGAAUUUUAUGGAAAUGCUUUUGUAUGAGCUGUGGCUUUUCCUCGUUGUGAAGCGUUGGAUAGCACAUUCUGGAACAUGCUCACGGGUCCUGGGCUUGCUCGCCAGGCCCAAGCACUGCUUCUUGGUGUCCUUGCACCCAGAGUGCCACUAUCAUGUGUCUUUCUUAUUCUCUUAAUGUUUUUAAAAAAUCAUUCCUUUUUUUUUUUAAAGAAGAGUAAUUUUCUGUUUAUGAAGCAGUAUAAAUUAGAUGCAUUUUCAAAACAGUUUCCCUAAGACAAUUGUUUGGAUCAUUUUUAAAGUGACUAAGGAAUUUUAGUAUGUCAACCAAGAUAAAAGUUAUACUGUACCCUAUAUUUUGCCCAUAGUGCCAUUAGUAGAUUAGAGAUUAAAGUCACCUUUAACUUUACAAAGUUAACUUGUAUAUGUUCUGUUCUCAGUCGUUAGUUCUCUCAAAAUCAAAUGAAUUCAGAGGGAACUUGUCUGGCUGCUUUUGUUUCAACUGCAGGCAGUGGAGCAGAAGGACGCCGUGUGGCACUAAGUGAACUGUUGAGUGUUAACAGUUUUAUACAGAGACUGAGCCAUUUUGGAUGACUCAAAAUUUUAUGAGAAGACAUUUAAUUGCUUAUGCUGUUUUUAAGAGGAAAUAAAAUUACAUACUGUUUAAAUAAAUGAAUUUUUUCUUUUUAAGAAAUUCUCUAAAGGUCUUGAUAUCUUGGACCUUGUUUUUCCUUUAAGGUUUUUUGUUUUGUUUGUUUAAUCGUAAUUGUAAUGUUGGGUUUGUUUGUUGUGGAUUUUUACUUUGUUUAAGUUGUGCUGGCACCAAACACGUCCAGUUUGUAAUCAACAGGUUGGUGUAGAACCAGUACAUAACUUCCAAUGGCUUUUUGUCCUGUCUUGCCCCCACCCCCACCCGUCUCUGUCUCUGUAAAGUGUGAAUAUGAGAUGUAUUGACUCGAUUUUCUUAAACACUGUGUUGGUAGUGUGCAUCAUGACAAUUUCCAGGGAAGGUGGGCUGAUGGGACUGAGGACCCACUUUUCCUGUGACGUUUCCUGCUAAGAGCAGCACAGGUCCGGAGAGUGUGGUGCCGGGAGAGGGGAGGAGCACUUACUCAUCUCUGCAUUUGUUAGUGGAUGAUGUAUUCCUUUCAUGGAUGCUGGAACUAGAGUGCACUUGUUAGAUGCUAAAGGUUUGAGCUUUACACAAAACAUUUCAUCUGUAUUUGUUACUGUCUACAAUAUAUUUGAAUUUGGGGGCAGCAUAGUAAGAUAUAAUUGCCUGUUAUGUCUUGAAAGUACUUGUUUUGCCUCUUUUAGGCAUACUGCAUUCUGUGGGUCAGUUUGAACAUCUCCACCUUGUUUAGAUAGUGAUAAGUUGAACAGAGAGUGUAGAUUUACAAGUAUAAUCUUCAAAAGAAAAAUAUUUUGAAUCUAUCAAGAAAUGUUCACACCAAAAUAGACUGAUACUUUGUUAAGCAAGGUUUUAUGUUUUAAAUGCUUUGUGUCCAAAAUAAUUUCCAAGAAACUAUACUUAAAAUGCAUAAAACUAGUCAGUUUUCAUAAUGUAGAUUAUUUUUGAAAAAUUCUGUAAUAAAUAUAUGUAAUGUUUUGCUAUAA